AAUUACUAAAAUAAAAUAUAAAAAGCGGAAAAAAUAAAAUAAAAAAAAAUUGAAGAUAAAUUUUUGUUGUUGAAAGAGCUUCAAAGAAUUUACAAUGGCUGAUAAAAAGAAAGGAACUGCUGCAGGAGAUGCACCGACAGAAAAAAAACCUGAAGGAAAAGGUAAAGGGAAGGGGAAAGAAGAACCUGUACCACCAAUACCCGAAGAGAUACCGAAGACAGCUUCAGAAAUUGCUAGAGAAGAAGCUGAAUACAGAGCUAUGUUGCGGAAAACUCGCUUUAAAAAACGAUGGCCAGAGGUCACUAAAGUACCGAUAACUACACGACCUUGGAAACCACCUUCUCCGCCACCGAGAUUACCGCCGAUUAUUAUAGAGCAACCGGAAUUCAAAACAAGAAGAUGGGUUCCUCCAUACAUGAAGCGUCGGAGACGCCGGCCAAGGUUGCCGCGUAUCCCUGCCGAGGAAAUCACUCAACCCCUAUACGAAUGUACGAAAUUGAGAAGGAUAUGGCAUAGUUUUAUGCAAAUAGAGAAAAAUAAAAUGAUCCUUCAAGGAACUGUAGGUUGUAAUUCUAAGAAGUAUUCAUCAACUGCUUGCGGGUCUCAAACGGGUUGCAUAGCUGUGAUCUGUCGAGCCCUGCUAGAAGAGAAGUCGCCGGCGCAGCUUUUGAGAAGAGAUGUAGAUGAGGUUAUAGAAUGGGGGGAUAGGUUUUAUAAGCGCUGCAUGGUGGCUCUCAAGUGCUAUAAAGGUAAACCACAACUACAAUUGAAUCAGUUGCUAACGUCGUUUUACCUUUUCGAUAAGAAAUAUACAGUCAAAAUGACGGAAGCUAUGUCAGGAAUAUUGGCAAAACAUCCUGAUAAUAUACAAGCUCAGGCUGACCUAAUGGCGUUUAUGGAAAAACUAGCUGGCAGUACAUAUAUGAUGAUUCUGAGUAUUAAUGGUGACAGACAUUUUCUUAUCUGGGGCCACCCGCCGGAGGCUGGUAGUACUGUUAAAACCAUAUGUUACAUAUUUGACCCUCAUAUGCUUAACGAAUUGGGUCAGCCGAAUACUUUAUAUGGCGCAGGUGCGUUCAUUCGAUAUGCCGGUAUUACGUCUUUCGUGUUAGACUUUCUGGCGAACUACGGAGAUCUCAGUGCAGCUAAUAGAACAACUCCAAAACCACCGAUUACUCUAACUAAUAUUGAGGUUGUACAAAUUGAGCCCCUAGGCCGUGAACCUAAAUAUGAGUUGGAUUUGAAAGCUUUAAAAACUCAUUGCCAAAGUGAAUGGGAAAGUAUUCACAUGAAUGUGCUCAUAGAAAAAAAGUUGACAGAGGGACAAUAUCCUCUGGUUUCGUUGAGCGCGGUAAGCUUGGCGACUUCUAGAGCAACAUCUAGGAAGAAAGUUCGAGAGUUUUAUCAAAAAGUUCCUAAAGAGCCUGCUCCUACACUGCCUGUACCUCCCGAGAAACCUCCUCCACCUCCCACUAUGGAGCAAAUAAUGUCGCUGCGAGGUGAAGACUUCUUCCUCUACAGCCCUCAUACAGACGCACAUGCUUAUGGACGAGACGACUUAAUUCCGCUACCGAAGUCUGAGACGAUCCUGCACAGUCCGGUGGAGAUCGCGGUCCAGAACUUCCACUCUCAGUUCCAGCAGAUGGACGUCGAGAAGUGGAUAUUGCACGCGACACGACACAUGGCCAGUUAUAGAUAUCAGACGUUUAAAACAUUCACGAGUAUCGCGUGCUGUGUGGCCGCACUCGCCAUGUUGCGUCGACUGCGCGCGAGGGCUUGGAACGAUGAUAUUCUAGAUGAAACACUGGACUUGGGCUUCAAUAUUUAUAGGGAAUCACUUCUGGCAAGAGGUGGACCAAUUAGGCGACUUGUUCUUGGAGAAAUAAAGGAAAGAUUCAGAAUACGAGACCAUGAGUAUAAGCAUAAGGAACGCGGUAUAGCUGUAUGGGGUAAGAUACUCUCAUCGGACCCCAAGGUCUUCGACUUAUGUCGAGGUAUCGAGGCUUUCUUCAAGGAAUCAGACGCCGGCGUUUUACAAAUCCCCGGCGAGUAUGAAGUUGCUAUUUGGAAUGAAGGUGGUCGUUACUAUAUCUACCAUCCUUGGCCAGCGGACAGAUAUGGCUAUAGGGUUGGUCUGCAAGACGGCGGCAAGGCGUGUCUUCUGUACUUCACGCGAGUGUCGCGGCUGUGCGAGCACCUGCUGGACUGCACACAUGACUUGAAGCGGAAGCCGUUCAGCAUCUCCGACGUCACCGUGCAGGAGCUGGGCGAGAUGCCGGAACCGGUCAACAAAUUAAAACCCGUCGCGCCCAACCGUUGGGUGGUCCGUGGUCGCUUCCACGAGGCGGACGAGAGGUUCCCGGAGGAGCACCGCGGCCGCCAGGCCACGCCCGCCUCCAUCGCAGCCAUAGCCUUGGCGCACAUCGUAGACCCCUCGGAAUGGACCGCUGAUCAAAUCGACGAGUCUUUAACACGUGGUGACAUACUUUACCAAAAUACAAUGGAAAAUCUCGAACGAAUGGGUAUAAGUUUGGAUACAACCACCAAGACCGAGGAAGCUGAGAAUGUUGAGGAAGAAGAGGAAGGGGGUACUCCAGGCGGGACCCUCGCUGCGGCUGACGUGCUCGACAAGUUCCGAAUAUCUGAUUACGAUUGUAUCGAAACUGAUAUAUUGGAUAGCGCGUAUUCCGGCGAGUUGCAUCCCAAGUCAGGCGAGGUGAUGUCGCUGAAGCAAUCGCUGCGGCAACUGUUCCGCGAGCACUCGCACGCCGUGGUGACCGCGCGCGGCGCCUCCAACGCCGUGUGGAAGCACGACGACCACUAUUAUCUCUUUGACCCUCACGCCUGCGAUGAGAAUGGGUAUCCGUCAGACGAUGCGCGCGCGGCGGCGUGCCUGGUGCGCGUGAAGGGCGGGCCGGACGCGCUCGCUGACGUCAUCCUCGGCAACCUGCCGCCCGGCACCGACGACAGCUUCAACUUGUCACCUGUCUCCAUCACCGCCACCAGGCUCAAUGAGGUCCUUGGCGCUCCGGAGACUAAACUAGAGAGCAAAGCUUUCCAGUGGAUCUCGAAGGGAACCGCUGCAAUAAUGAUGGGACCACGAGGCGAGAACUCUGCAAUUGGCAAGGCUGCUGAAAGGGCUGGUGUUGGAGAUGAUGACAUGGCAGGCCGUACUAUAGCGUUGCCAGCCGCGGCCGCCUUCACAGCAGCCACUGCCUCCGUUCCUCCGCCACACAUGCAUCAGGACCACAUGUACAAUUUCCUUGACGCCGGUGCUGAAUAUUAUCUCAACCACGUGAAGAAGACCGGCAGCAGAGAUAUUACUCCUGAAGAUUUAACAGAGAAAUUCGAAAUGGGUGCAAACACAUUCUCUAUAGAGUUGGAGGAACCUGUCACACUACCGUUGCGUCUACCAGAUGAACCGCAAGGGGAAGGCGGUGAAGAAGAAGAAGCUGAGAACGAUGAACUCGGUGAAAAUGCGGAAGAAGAGGAAAUCAAAGAGAAACCAAUGAAACAAAUAAAGGACGCGUUGUUCAGGAUGUGGGAGGACCCGACGCGGCCGAGCCACGUGUGCCUGCUGGUGGGCGACUACCACCAGCUGGGCGUGUGGCUGACGCCGGGGGGGAAGGUGGUCGCCUUCGACCCCGCGCCCACAUUGACCAAGGGACUACUCACCCCCCAGAGGAUUAAGAAGGGUGAUGAACUACGAUUACAACGAAUAAAAGAUGAGAUGGCUGGCGAAGGCGCUGAGGAGGCCGAGGAUGAAGAAGCCGAAGGAGAAGGUGAAGAGAAACCGGAGCCGGAGCCAGAGUAUGUACCUCCGGAGUCAACACCUGCACUUAUGGUAUUCGCCAGCCCCGGAGAGUUCAUGGAUAAAAUGACACUACAAGGUGGUCUGGAUAGGAAGCAAUGCCUGGCGCCAUACAAGUUAUAUAAAGUAAAAAUUAUUAACGAGCUGACAUCAGUCUUGAAGGAGAGGAAACCGAAGUCAGAGAAAGUUGUUGGUGACGAUGAAGGUGGAGAAGAUGAAGAAGACGAAGAUGCUCUUAUCGAGCCACUAGAAGACUCUGUGAUGGGCAAAUACUUUACACGCAUCAGCCGCGCGGUGGCGUCUCUACGAGGUCGGGUUGCUCAGAACGAGAACUAUUUCCUGGAUCAGCCCAAUAGGGACAAUCAGGACGCGGCGAAUGCUGUAAUGGGUAUAGUGGUGGAGCACAUAGAGCCCUACAUCCACUGGAAGCCGUCGCUGGUGGACGCCAUACUGAAGUACGGCGACCGCCUCUACACCACCUCGCUGCCGCGCGCCGCCAACCCGCCGCGGCUCACGCCCGAGGAGGUGCAGCCGGAGUUCCACGUCACCAACUUUAAUGUGAGACUCGAGAUCGAUGAAGAGGCGGUUAUGGGAGACAUUAAAGCUGGCAAUAGUGGCGGGGUUUUGAACUUACGGAGGGGUCUUAAGACGUUUUUUGAAUCUAACAAUUACGGGGUUGUUUGCGCGAAGGGUUACUGUGUGGGAGUAUGGAAGUCUUCUGAAGGUAACGCGUACUGUUUAUGGGACCCCCACGCGGUAGGUCCUGCUGGGCGCGCCUCGCCCGGCGGCGCCUCAGCGCUGGUCCUCUUUGCCACCAUUGAUCAGCUAGCAGAGACUAUUAAGAAUAAUAUCGAAACGCUCAUGAGACCAGGGAGCAACAAAUACAGCAUAUCGUCAGUGAAGGUGUUCUGGGAGUACUCGAAGCGCGAGGGCGCGGUGAGUCCGCAGGGCGCGGUGCCGGACGACGGCUACGAGUGGAAGGUGCUGACGGCGUACGUGGAGUCGGCGCGCGGCCGCACCAUACUGCGCGGCACCAGGCCACUCGACCUCGUCAAGUUCACUCGCGACGCGCUGCUGCAGUCUGCGUGCGGUGCGAUCGCGGGCGCGUGCAUGUCGCACGUGCGCCGUCCGCCGCUGUGGACGCGCCGUACUGUCGAUGACGUCAUGGCGGUGGGCGCCAAGCUGCUCGCCGCCUCACUCUCUACUCUAGGAUACGAGUUUAGACCGGGGGAAGAUGUACUACUGCCACUACAGGUGUUAAAACGUUUCGUACUGGGAGUGAACUACGUCAGAUACGAUUUGCACUCGGCGUACACUGGCAAACUUGAACAGAAAGAACCUACGGAGAUGACUGUCAGAUGUGCUCUGGAGCGUUUCUUCGAGGAUCACUCGACAGGCAUCCUGUGGUCGAUGCCGCACGCGGUGGCGGUGUGGCGCUACCCCGGCGCGCCGCAGUUCUACAUGUUCGAGCCGCACGCCUGCGGGCCCACCGGCCUGCGGGCUGACGCACAGGACGAUGGUGCAGCUUGCGUGUUGACUUUCACGUCACCGAAGUUGAUGGCGUUUGCAUAUCUGCAGAACGUGCCGGCAGAGGAGCGUCUGAAGCACGACUUCCAGCUGUACGCGAUGUCGGUGACGGUGCAGCCCAUCAAGAAGCUGGGCGCUGACCCGCCGCUGGUGCGCGCGCCGCCCGGCCUCGCCCUCGCCCUCGUGCCGGCGACCAGCAAGGUGAGGGUGGACGGCAGCCAGCGCCGCGCUGCGGAACAAGACCGCAAGCACCCGCCGGGCAGCGCCACCUGCCUCGACGCGCAGCGCGCCACCGAGAACAGGGACAAGGAGGACCCCAGGCUGAAAGGUCAACGUAAUUCCAACGGCUGGUUGGUGCUGAACGACGGCACACAGUUCCUCUCUUCUCAGCACUCGAUGGCUUGCAGAAGAUUCUCCGCCGCGUCUAGAGGGAAACAGGCGCUGGCGUGCUCCGUAAUGGCGGUGGCGAUGUCUCGUGUGGAGGACGUGUGUCGCUGGUGCGCGGCCACACUGGACCGGGUCCUGGACAGCGGAGACCAGCUCUACCAGGACAGUUACCUGCACUACCGCCCCCCGCAACCCUUCCUCAGUAUACAGCAGAUCCUACGUAAAUUCUACACUCCGGGCAACUGCGUGUGCCGCGUGGUGGUGUACAGAGCGCGGCAGACUGGCUUCGUGGACGAGGAUCUGGAGACUCAGGUGACAGAGUUCUUCCGUGAAGAACGUUCUGGAGUGUUUGUGGCUGGUAAUGGUGAAUUUGCUGUUGCGUUGUUCAGGACGCCGCGUGGUUUCUAUAUGUUCGACCCCGCGGACCGCGACCGCUACGGGCGCGCCGUGGCGCCGCCCUGCAUCGGCCGCGCGCGCGCCUGCUUCUCGCAGUACCCCAAUAUUCGUACAUUGACAGACAAGUUACACGCAAACAUACCGCCAAAUGUAAUGGAACCAGAAAAGGUCCCGUCACAGGUCCUUGAUGAUACGAAGAAUGCUGAUAUGAAUGAAGGAGGCGCAGAAAGAAAAGAAGAUAAGCUGACCGCUACCAGGUCUGAGGUUCGGUUCAAGGAAUCUCAACCGUUCGCAAUCUAUGGUAUGGAUGUAACAAGCUUAAGGAGAAUAAAUAAGUACGAAAAAUAAAAAAAAAACUUUGUCUAUGAAAUAUGUAUUGGUUCCUCGAGUACUUUUCUCAUUGUUUUUCUGUUUUGUAUUGUACAUUGAAACAUUUUUUAAUUUGAAGGUUCAUAUAUAGUGCUGAUUUUUAAAUCGAGUAAGUUUAUUGUAAAAAGUUAUGACUCUGAAAACAUUUUGUAAAUUGUUUGUUAAUAUUUGAACACGUUACAGUGAUUUGGUGUAGAAUAUAUGACGUGAAAUAACUAAAUAACCAUGUUUUACAAUAAAAAAAAUCAUUAAAAACUAUA